CUGGCGGCCCAUGGGAGGCUGACCCUUCUCUCUGAGUCACCUUUCACCUGGUGGCUGCCACAGCCACUUGGUCUGGAAAGUUACCUGUUUGCCCUGCUUGGCUCAGAGGAGGGAGCAGGGGCAGCUCUCUGGCCAAGCAAAGGUCAGGCCCUGCAGAGCCAAGUUCCCAGGAUCAUAGUCUGUUGUUAGAGGGGGCAGUGGGCUUAGAGGUCGUGUGGCCCCCACCUCAUUUCACAGCGGUGCACCCUGAGGAGGUGCUGGGACACGUCAUGGUGACAUCAUGGUUGGGGUUUCUGCCCAUGGAGCCUUUCCGGCCAGUGCUUUUUUUUUUUUUUUCUUUUGAGAUGGAGUCUUGCUCUGUUGCCCAGGCUGGGGUACAGUGGCGUGAUCUCAGCUCACCACAAUCUCUGCCUCCCGGGUUCAAGUGAUUCUCCUGCCUCAGCCUCCUGAGUAACUGGGACUACAGGUCCCAGCAGCUGGGGUUCCCCUUCAGCCUGUGAGCCUGCGGCCAUGUCCAACCCCAGCGCCCCACCACCAUAUGAGGACCGCAACCCCCUAUACCCAGGCCCUCCGCCCCCUGGGGGCUAUGGGCAGCCAUCCGUCCUGCCAGGAGGGUAUCCUGCCUACCCUGGCUACCCGCAGCCUGGCUACGGUCACCCUGCUGGCUACCCACAGCCCAUGCCCCCCAUCCACCCGAUGCCCAUGAACUAUGGCCCAGGCCAUGGCUAUGAUGGGGAGGAGAGAGCGGUGAGUGAUAGCUUCGGGCCUGGAGAGUGGGAUGACCGGAAAGUGCGACACACUUUUAUCCGAAAGGUUUACUCCAUCAUCUCCGUGCAGCUGCUCAUCACCGUGGCCAUCAUCGCUAUCUUCACCUUUGUGGAACCUGUCAGCGCCUUUGUGAGGAGAAAUGUGGCUGUCUACUACGUGUCCUAUGCUGUCUUCGUUGUCACCUACCUGAUCCUUGCCUGCUGCCAGGGACCCAGACGCCGUUUCCCAUGGAACAUCAUCUUGCUGACCCUUUUUACUUUUGCCAUGGGCUUCAUGACAGGUACCAUUUCCAGUAUGUACCAAACCAAAGCCGUCAUCAUUGCAAUGAUCAUCACUGCGGUGGUAUCCAUUUCAGUCACGAUCUUCUGCUUUCAGACCAAGGUGGACUUCACCUCGUGCACAGGCCUCUUCUGUGUCCUGGGAAUUGUGCUUAUGGUGACUGGGAUUGUCACUAGCAUUGUGCUGUACUUCAAAUACGUUUACUGGCUUCACAUGCUCUAUGCUGCUCUGGGGGCCAUUUGUUUCACCCUGUUCCUGGCUUACGACACACAGCUGGUCCUAGGGAACCGGAAGCACACCAUCAGCCCGGAGGACUACAUCACUGGCGCCCUGCAGAUUUACACAGACAUCAUCUACAUCUUCACCUUUGUGCUGCAGCUGAUGGGGGAUCGCAAUUAAGGAGCAAGCCCCUGUUUCACCUGACCCUGGGCUCUCCCUUCCAAGCUAGAGGGCUGGGCCUUGUGACUGUGGUCUGGGCUUCAGGCCCCUUUCCUUCCCCUUGAGUAACAUGCCCAGUUUCCUUUCUGUCCUGGAGACAGGUGGCCUCUCUGGCUAUGGAUGUGUGGGUACCUGGUGGGGACGGAGGAGCUAGGGACUAACCGUUGCUCUUGGUGGGCUUGGCAGGGACUAGGCUGAAGAUGUGUCUUCUCCCCACCACUGACUAUAUGACACCACAUUCUUCCUAACAGCUGGGGUUGGGAGGAAGAUGAAAAGAGCCUAUUCGAUAGCUAGAAGGGAAUAUGAAAGGUAGAAGUGACUUCAAGGUCACGAGGUUCCCCUCCCACCUCUGUCACAGGCUUCUUGGCUACGCAGUUGGAGCUGCUUCUUCCCCCAGCAAAGCCAGAGAGAUUUAUCCCCGGCGUCCUGGACACAUAGGCCAUUAUCCUGUAUUCCUUUGGUUUGGCAUCUUUUAGCUCAGGAAGGUAGACGAGAUCUGUGCCUAUGGGUCUCCUUGCUUCAAUCCCUUCUUGUUUCAGUGACAUAUAUAUAUUGUUUAUCUGGGUUGGGGAUGGGGGACAGAUAAUAGAAUGAGCAAAGUAACCUAUACAGGCCAACACGGAACAGCAUCUCCCCUGGGCUUGCUCCUGGCUUGUGACGGUAUAAGACAGAGCAGGCCACAGAUGGCCAUCUGCUCCCCAUUCUUCAAAGCUGCUGGGGCCUCCUUGUGGGCUUCUGAGAUCUCUGGUCAAAGUGAACUCUUGCUUCCUGUAUUCAGGCAGCUCAGAGCAGAAAGUAAGGAGCAGAGUCAUACGUGUGGCCAGGAAGUAGCCAGGGUGAAGAGAGACUCGGUGCGGGUAGGGAAAAUGCCUGGGGGUCCUUCACCUGGUUAGGGAGAUACUGAAGCCCACUGUGGUACUGAAGACUUCUGUAUUCUUUCCUCCUGCUAACCCAGGGACGGUCCUAAGAGGAAGGUGACUUCUCUCUGUUUGUCUUAAGUUGCACUGGGGGAUUUCUGACUUGAGGCCCAUCUCUCCAGCCAGCCACUGCCUUCUUUGUAAUAUUAAGUGCCUUGAGCUGGAAUGGGGAAGGGGGACAAGGGUCAGUCUAUCGGGUGGGGGCAGAAAUCAAAUCAGCCUAAGGAUAUAGUUAGGAUUUCUCUAUUAAGUAAUUAAUCCUAAAUAUAUCACACAAAGGGACACAAUUAUAAAUGUAAUAAAGUUUAUGUCUAGAAGUUAAAA